AUGACAAACAUUACACCCGGAUAUACCUCUGCUGAAGCUCUUUCCUCCCUUGCAGCAUCCGAUCUGUGUGUACAAAUCAACGACCCACAGCAACGUUUGCGUAACAAUCUUCCCAAGCCUGAAUCAUCAGUGGAUGGGGUUGCAUUCCGCAAACGGCAUGCAACGACUCGUCGUCCCCAACUUCCGCAGUGGUCCGUCAGUUGGAAUGUCACGGUCCAUGCUCGGUUCAUCAUUCCCCAGUUUCAUGCCUCCGACAAUAGCACUCUGAGAGUGGUAUGGAUAUUGACCCAUCGCAAGACAUUGGAGAAGAACGGUAACCCAGAGAAUACAUUCAUCAAAGGGAUGGCCAGGGGGAGGAGGGGAACAGAGAAUUAUGCGGGAGAGAGGUACGACUCGGCCGAGACACAUGCAUUCCCUGGACCGUGCCUCAAGACAAGUCCAGACUUUCACCAAGCCCAUAUUGCAUCGGCAUUGCUGAAUGACGUCGUAACCGGAGUACAUGUCCGAGCAAGACAAAGAAAUUCCUCUUGUACGGCCAAGCGCAAGAAAAGGUGA